CGCACGUGUCACGAAGUGUCGUCGGUGAUGAAAUGCGACGUUUGUGGCGUUGGCCUGUCUUCACUGGAAAAAUAUGUGGAGCACCACAUCGCAGCGCACAAAUUCGCCGCUGACUACGUGCAGCAGGCGUUCCACAAAGAUAAAGAAUUCAGUGAAUGGAAAGCUCAGGAAGAGGCGAAUGAGAACUGUUGGUUUAUUCUUCGCACGGCUCCUAAAAAGCUGGCCAGUGGGGAAACGAGGAGCCACUACUACUCUAAUAGAUCAGGAGUGGCUAGGUCAAAGGAAGGUCAUGGUAAUCGUCGAGAGAAAAGUCAGGGUACCUGCAAGUCCGCUAAGAUGUCUUUCAUUUAUUACUGUGACGAAGAAGGAGAACACUCAGAGCCCGGCACCUGAAGAUAUCACCAUAAAUGUAAGGUACCAAAGAAAGCAUUAUGGCCAUAAAGCAGAAAUUCAGCACUUGAGGAUGAGUGACAAAGAAAAGGCCAACGUUAACCAACGUAGCAGAGGACCUGGAGCGUGGUGUGCCCAUGAAAACCAUAUUGAAUAAUAUAAGAACAUCUGUUGCAUGUAAGCUGAGGCCAGCACAUUUGGCAGAACGCAUAACUCUGCAUAACAUCAAACGGCAGUUUCACAUCGCUGCUCCUGAACAGUGUCACACCAAUGAUGCUGUCAGUGUAGAUAUGUGGGUGAAAGCAAUGUAAGACAAAGGUAGAACACUUGUCUGUCUGUAUAAGGCACAAGGUGCAGUGGACCCAACUGGUACUUUUGGUGCAACAGAUUUUGCCCUUGCUUUGAUGACAGAGCCACAAAAAGAGCUGUUAGAAGAAUUGGGCACGGGCACUGUGUGUCUUGACUCAACACAUGGAACUACAGGGUACCAGUUUGAGCUGACCGCUCUUCUAGUGCUAGAUGAGUGGGAUAAGGUAUACCUAUAGCCUAUUUCAUCUGCAACAGGAUGAAUGAGGAAAACUUGGCAGUUUUUUUCAGGUCUCUUGAUUGUGCCAUCAACAAAAAAGUGGCUGCUAAGACAUUUAUGUCUGAUGACGCCUCACAAUUUUACAAGGCAUGGUCGUCAGUUAUGGGUGUCCCUCAGCAGAAACUUCUCUGCACCUGGCAUGUGGAUAGGAAUUGGCAGAAGAAGAUACAUGAGUGUGCAGAAAAACAACUGAGGCCAGACAUGUACCACAACGUGCGACUCCUUUUAGAGUUCCUUGACCAGCAAGAAUUUGAAAAUUAUCUUCAAUCAUUCCUUGACACUGAGGAAGAAAAACAGGGAUUUCCUGAAGUACUU